AUGUAUCUCUCCAUGCAGAUCACGCAACAAACAACGCUGCUCAAAGUGGUAGGGAAUUUGAUUCAUUCUUCAAUUCCUGUGAGGGAGCCUGAGAUGGAGAAAAAAGCUGAAAGCCAUCCUCAUUCUUCAAGAUCUGGAAGAGUAAAGGAGCCAUCAUCUUCUGCUAAAGACAGAAAGACAAAAGCAGACAAAUCUGUGAAGCUCCAAGAGCCCCACAAAAGGAAAGAGAGAGAGAAACCAGAAGUGUCAAAGGAAGACGAGCGAGGUGAAGCCAAGGAGGAGGUUAAAGUCAUCUCCAGCAGCACUGUCGUUAAUGUAGACAGUGUGAGGGAACUAAUUAAAGAGGAGCAAGAGGAGUUAGUAGGGUUAUUGGAGACUGAGGGACAUGGAGAAGGCUUGAAGAAGCGAUAUCUUGGAGUUUGUGAGCUUAUUCUUGUCGUUUUUGUCCUUUCUGUGGUUAUUUUCUUCUUCCCUCUUUCAAUUUGGUUCUGUCUGAAGAUUGUGAGAGAACAUGAGAGAGCGGUGAUAUUUCGACUGGGGCACCUACUGCAAAGAAAACCCAGGGGCCCAGGGUUAAUAUUUUGUCUCCCAUUUCUGGACGUGUGCCAAAUAGUGGACAUUCGUCUGCAAAUGUUGAAGAUCCCUUCUCAUACGGUGGUGACCAAAGAUCUAGUGUGCACUGAAGUGAGUGCGGUAUGUUACUACCAUAUCGAGAAUGUGUCUGUUUGUUACUCGUCGUUCGCUGCUGUUCCAGCCGUGUUACAGGCAUUGGCCCAGGUCUCAGUCAGAGAGAUACUGGCCCAUUAUGCCUUCACUGACAUUUUACUGAACAGGAAACUGAUGGCCCAGAAGAUUCAGGUUUCUUUAGAUUCUAUUACUUGCCGAUGGUGUAUCAAGGUGGAAAGAGCAGAGAUAGAGGAAAUCAGUCUUCCACCUGAGCUUAAGCACAACUUUGCUAUUGAGGCCGAAGCAAGAAGACAGGCACAAGUCAAACUAAUCGCUGCAGAGGGAGAGAAGGCGGCUUGUGAGGCUCUAAAGACCUCAGUGGAGUCUCUCUCUGGGUCUCCGCUGGUCGUCCAUCUUCGACUUUUGCAGCUACUGCACAGUUUGCGCUCUGAGCAACCAGCUGUGGUCCUCAACAUACCUCCUGAUGUCUUGAGCCAAUCCAUUGACUUUGCCAGUUUAACCAGAACAAUUAAUCAAAGCCUUACCACAGGUGAUGCCUUAGAAGAGAGCGCUAAAGACUCCCCAAUGAUGUAAAGAUGCCAGUGUCUUACUACAAAACUUGCUACAAAAAUAAAAUAGAAAUUUAUGUUAA